AUGCCUUCUAGGCUCCUGCAAAUCCCCCGCGAACUCCGCGACCAAAUCAUCGAGCUCGUGCUCUACUCCCCUUCCCAGCUUACAGACGGGUUAUUGUACCCAUCGAAUCGCGUCCACUUACACGACACCAAGUAUAGCACAAUCCCAGCAGCUCGGGCACUGCUGCUGGUCAACCACCAAAUUGCCGCUGAAACAAAGGCAAUCCUCUCUCGGUGUCGAGUGUCGUACGUUCUUGAUGUCGGAAUCGUCCAGGGCCGCUACCUGUGGCCGACCUGGCUCGCUGUCCCGAUUCUGUCGGACCGCAUUGAUGGGCUGACAGUCAAUCUCCGGGUUUUUGGCUCUGCGACUUCUGCGGCUCGACACUAUAACGCGUUUAGAGACACUGACUCUCAAACGAACGACAAUCCGCCCCCUUUUGCCAGCAUGCUCUAUAGUCUGCUAGAGCGAAUUCUAAAGCGCGGCCCGUCCUUUCCUUCACUGGAGAAUUUGACACGCCUGGCUGCGACUCCUGAGUUUCAGCAGCACUUUCGAACGGAGGGACUGGGAAAAGAGGAACUGCUAUCCCGGAUCCAAUCUUCCGUGAUUGUUGGGGAGAAUGAAAGGGUCGCUGAUAAAGAAACGCGGCUUAAGAACCACAGAGCAAGAGGGGCCCUUGGGAGGGUGUUUGAGGAUAGGGGGAUUGUGAUCGAGACGCUCCGGUUGAAUUGUCAAACCCCGCCUAUAUGGCAAGGCCAAUGGCUUUCAGAACCGGAACUUGGGUUCGAGGAAUGGCGGUCGAAGGCAUACUAUACAUCGCACGCCGGAGACGUUCCUGUGAUCAGGCCAGAGUGGCUUGCUUCGUAUAUAUCUUCCGAGCUCUCUUCAUUGCUCCGGUUGGGAUAUAAUGAUGAUUGGGUUGCUGGGAUAUUUUAUGAGCGGAUCGGCUUUAUACAGGUGAUGAUCGAUGAGAUCCCGAUUACGGUGUUCGGCCUUAGCCACAUGCUGGCUAGAAUCAAGUUGACAGACCCGGAGAAUUUAUUUAAUGGAUAUGCGUCGAUGGAGGAGCGGACGCGCACGUUCCAAGAGUGGAAAGAGGGGAGACUACGACUGAGGAGGCAAAACGACUUUUAUGAUGUAAAUGCAUGA